AUGUCAUGGCCUAUCAGGUUUGUGCCAGGUUCAAAGCCUGGUAUAAAACGUAAAGCCCCCCAAGAAAAGAAUACGGUGAUUGAUAAAAAGAAAUACGAGGAAAAUCGGGUCAGAGAAUUUAAAGAAGAAUGGCAGAGAGAAAGGGAUUGGUUAAAAUAUAGCGUAGAAAAAGGGAUGACAUGCUCCAUCUGUAUCGAGGUAGGACAAACGAGGUCAUUUCCGAAAUCUACCUUUACUUCUGGAUCAAAGAAUUUUCGUUUCUCAACAGUAGCAGAUCACGAAACUUCUUCUGUUCACCUUAAAUCUCUAGAGAUUACCAAAUCACGAUUAGCGGCAGAAAAUCGAGAAACAGUUGCACAUAAAAGUGUAAUUUCUAUGAACAAUUCUGUGAGAAACCAAAUCAUAAACAAAUUCAGAAAUAUUCACGCAUUAAUCAAAUACAACAGGCCAAUAUCAGAUUUUAUAUGGCUAAAUAAACUGGAUGAAGCUAAAGGGAUUUCCCACGGGAACACAUACAACAACCAAAAAGCUGCCACUACAUUUCUUGAAAACAUCUCAGCUUGUGAAAAGGAGAAAUUGGAAAAAAUGAUGGAUGUUGUUAAAUUUUUUUCACUUACAAUGGAUGGCAGUACAGAUGGGAGUACAACUGAACAAGAAACUAUAUUUAUUCGAUUUUCAGUCCAUGGAAAAAUUACUACACGCUUCCUGUGUAUAGGGGAGCCAGAGUCUACCAGUUCCUUAGACCUUUUCAAAUUUGUGGAAAGAAUGAUGAAUGAAAAUGGGCUAAAUGAUCAUCGACAUGUACAGAAAUUUAUAGGAUUUGGAAGUGAUGGCGCGUCUAACAUGACUGGAGUGAAAAAUGGAUUAGUAGCCAGGUUGAAAGAGGGCCACCCUGAACUAAUUGGGGUCCAUUGUAUUGCUCAUCGCCUGGAACUUGCAUUUCGAGAUGUAUUCAAAAAAGACAAAAUGUAUACACAGUUAUCCACUCUAUUGUUGGGCCUUUUCUAUUUCUACAAGAAUUCGUCAAAGCAAAGGAAGAGCUUAAGAGAAUGCAUCAAGGUGUUGGACAUCAAUGGAACCCUACCACACAAGAUCAACAGUACAAGGUGGCUCCCACAUAUGAAGCGGGCUUUAGAAAACUUGUUCAGAACAUUUCCAGCCUUCCUCAGUCAACUGCAGAAUGCUAGCCAUGUUAACCCAAAAGCAGAAGGCUUGGCAAAGAUGCUGUGUAAUUUGCAAAUACUGGCUUUUGCAUCCAUUUUAGAGGAUAUUGUGAAGCCACUGGCUAGACUAUCACUGAUGUUUCAAAGAAAAGACCUAACCUUAGCAGAUGCUCGGGAUGCCAUAUCAUCGACAAAAGAUGUUCUUAAUUUGUUUGAGCUAAGCAAAAGUCAAAGAACAAUGCAGAUAUUGGAGACAAAGCAAUUUCUUGGAUACUCUCUAAAAGGAAAUGGAAAAAUGGAUAUGGAAAAGAAAGCAUCAGAGAUAGUUGGUGGCAUAAUCAAACAAAUGGAUCUUCGGUACAAGGAUGAUAAUGAAGAACUUUUUAGUUCUACCCUUAUUGCUAGUUUCCGAAAUUGGCCUACAGUGAAUGAGUCAGUUGACUAA